AUGUUAGACAUUUAUGAUAAUUAUUUUGAAGAGAAUCGCAAACAAAAGUUGUUGCUUACACUUAAUGGAGAUUUGAAUAGUGCGAUCAUUACAAUGGAGUAUUCGCUAAUCAGUAUGAAAGAUAUUAAAAAGAAGGCUGAACAUUUCUAUUCAAUAGAAUUAGAUCGACUUCGAUUGUUUACCUAAUAAGGGGUUGAGAUCUUUGAGGAAGAUCUAAUGUUUCUGAAAGAUGGCACAUUGCUAUACGUUUCCGAUUUUCACUUUUAGCUAGAGAUUUUGAUGCUUAUUCCCAAUUCAACCUUGGGGGAAGGAGGAUUUGGCAAAGUGAUGCUGGGUAAACAUAAGCUGACUCAAGAAUAAGUUGCCAUUAAAAUUAUCGAUUCAGGGAAAUUAUGGAAUGCUGCUGAUAUAGACUUGGUAUUUAGAGAAGCAGAAGUAAUGAAGAAUCUAAGACAUAAAAACAUUAUAAAGAUUAUCAAUUGCUACACACUUCCAAGUAUGUAGGUAGUUUUAAUUAUGGAAUUUUUAGAAGGAGGGGACUUAGUGGAUUAUAUUCAAUAGAAGGGAAAACUUACUGAGGAAGAGGCACGCAUUAUAUUUCGAUAAAUCGCAGAUGCCAUUUGUUAUUGCCACGAUUAAAAGCUAGUACAUAGAGAUCUGAAGCUGGAGAAUAUUCUUUUAACAUCUAAAACAGACAAAUAGGUCAAGAUCAUAGAUUUUGGUAUUGCUACUGUGGCUACAAACUUUAUCAUUGAUAAGAUAGAUUUGGGAAGUUUAAGUUACAUGCCUCCUGAAGUGCUAUCAGGAUAAAUCCAAUAGAUACGACCAUCUAUAGACAUAUGGGCAAUGGGAGUGAUAUUGUUUGCUCUAGUGUGUGGCACUCUGCCCUUCACUCGACCAAUCUAAGAGUAGACUGUUCAGAACAUCUUAAAAUUAAACUACUAAUUUCCAAACAUUACUUUGAGCAAGGAAUACAAGGAACUCGUUCAAUUGAUGUUGCAUCCAGAUCCAAAUGAGAGGUAUUCAGCUUAUUAGGUAUUGGGUCAUCCUUGGUUGAGGAAAAGUCAGAGCACACUCCAGGCUCCCUCCAAGUUGUUUCCAAAAGGGAUAAUAAAAAGGGAUUACACUAAGAUAAGUGGAGGGAAUGGGGGCAAUUCCAAAAAAUCAAUGACUUCUUCAUUGAUGAUUGCCAGAGAUUUUACUUGUUUACAGCAGGGCAAGACAUUUUAAUCGAGUGGAUUGGAAUCGCCAACUUUAAUAAUUAGAAGUCCAUCCUAAAUUAAACCAUUUGAGAGUUUAAAGCAACAAACUGAAAUUUUGGAAUCUUAGGAACCGGAACAAUAAUAGGAAGAGAAGAAGGUAGUGAAAACAGUUAGAGAAAGGAAGUUGUCCAGUUUUAAUUAGAAAUUGAUUGAUAAAAUAUUCAAGGAGGAUAGAGUGGUUAAAAGGACUGCUCAUACACAUCCCUUGAAUUCACCAAAGGAAUCAAAAGAACGUUCUCCUCCUAUUGAAUAUGCUUAAAUACUGUUAUCCUCUGCUAAGAUACACAGCAAGUAAUCAUCUGAAGAUUUUACUAAGAGAGUGAAGUCCAAACAGAUUAAGUUAAGGACUAUAAUCAAUUUAAGUUAGUUGACUGAUUUAAAAAUGCUCUACGGAGAUGCUUUAAAGAAGAAUAAUGAACCAAAGAGAAUAAUAACUGAAUAGAACGAUACAUUAAACUUGUACAAACUACAAUUGUCAUUUAGACAUAGAAAGAUGAGGAGCGAUCAAUUACUAUAGAGGACAUUUAAAUCUGGGGAGUUAAAGAUCAGUGAAUUAUAUAGUACUCUUUUUAAAUGA